UUUUUAUUUAUUUAUCAUAAAUUUGAAAUUUUCCCCAGAAAUGCGCCAAGUCGUUCAUCUCCCCCUAAAUUUCAGAUACUCAAAACCAUUAGAGAACCUAGGAACCAGCCAUAAACAAACGUCAAAGCAAAAUUUCCAAAAACAAAAAAAUAAAUAAAACAAUUCUCCAUCACCACGACGGAGACAUAUCCCCUCCGUGACUGCAUGUUCCCCACCGUUUAUUGGCAAUACAAAAUUGUAAUUUUUAUAAUCGUAAAACACAUAAUAAAAGAAAAAUGGGAGGAGGAGGAGGCGGAGGAGGCAGUAUAGAAGGCCCGAGAGAGCUUGAUCAGACCCCAACAUGGGCCGUCUCUACCGUUUGUGGCGUUAUCAUCUUGAUCUCUAUCAUCUUGGAGCUCAUGAUUCACAAAGUCGGAUCGGUGUUCGAGAAAAAGAAAAAGAAAGCCUUAUACGAAGCUCUUCAAAAGAUUAAAAACGAACUAAUGGUUUUGGGAUUCAUUUCGCUGCUACUAACAUUCGGACAAAACUACAUCGCAAGCUUGUGCGUGGCGUCAAAAUACGGUAACGCUAUGUCCUUCUGUGGUCCGUACGAUGGUCCAUCUGGUGACACUAAGAAGGUAAAGGACACCGAUCACAUGCAGAGGCAUCUUCUCUCCCUUCAUCGCCGUGUUUUGGCUGGAGGUGCUCCUGCUGAGUGCAAGAAGGGCUAUGUGCCGCUUAUAUCACUCAACGCGUUGCACCAAGUGCAUAUCUUUAUCUUCUUCUUGGCUGUGUUUCAUGUCAUUUAUAGUGCUAUUACCAUGAUGCUUGGAAGAGCAAAGAUUCGUGGAUGGAAAGUAUGGGAGGAAGAGGUCGUAAAUGAUCAUGAAAUGAUGGAUGAUCCUUCUAGAUUUAGGCUCACACACGAAACAUCAUUUGUUCGAGAGCAUGUUAAUACUUGGGCGAGGAACAGAUUCUCCUUCUACGUUAUGUGUUUCUUACGUCAGAUGCUGAGAUCCGUAAGAAAAUCUGACUACUUGACGAUGCGUCAUGGGUUCAUUAGUGUACAUUUGGCACCGGGUAUGAAGUUUAAUUUUCAAAAAUACAUCAAAAGGUCAUUAGAAGAUGACUUCAAGGUAGUGGUGGGAAUCAGUCCUGCGCUAUGGGCCUUUGUAAUGAUCUUCUUACUCGUUGAUGUUCACGGAUGGUAUGUUACUGCUGUGAUUACCAUGGUUCCUCCAGUUUUGACAUUAGCGAUAGGAACCAAGCUUCAGGCCAUUAUAUCAGACAUGGCGUUGGAGAUUCAGGAGAGACAUGCAGUGAUACAAGGGAUGCCACUAGUCAAUGUCUCUGACCGACAUUUCUGGUUCGCUCGUCCCGCUUUAGUCCUCCAUAUCAUCCAUUUCAUUCUCUUCCAGAAUGCUUUUGAGAUCACCUACUUCUUUUGGAUAUGGUAUGAGUUCGGAUUAAGGUCCUGUUUUCAUCACCAUUUCUACCUCAUAAUCAUUCGGGUUGCUCUAGGGGUGGGAGUACAAUUUCUUUGUAGCUACAUCACACUUCCUCUCUACGCUCUCGUGACUCAGAUGGGAUCAACGAUGAAGCGAUCGGUGUUUGAUGAGCAAACGUCAAAGGCAUUAAAGAUGUGGCAUAAGAAUGCAAAGAAAAAGAGUGAAACGCCAGGUCCAGUGCCUACAACCCGACCUAGAACCGCGGGCGAUAUCGAGUCUGCUCCGGCUAACAUCACCGCAAGUGUUGAUAAUAAGGAAGGAGAUCAGGGUCGUAAACCUGGUGACCUAUUAAGCGGUCCCUAGAAACCAGUUCGGUCAAGACACUGUACUUUCCGGCUUACUGAAAUACUAUUACAUAAUUUUUAUUAUUAUUAUAGGUUCUAAGCAUUUAUUUUAUGUAAUUAUUUGUUGUAUAACAAUAGUUCAAUUUUGUACAGCCUACCAAAGGACAUAAUAUAAAUCUGACCUAUAUAGCCUACAAGCUCGGGUUUAGCAUGAUUGAUCACCUUUAGCAACAACCUACCUUAGUGGUAAAGUUGAUGCAGUAACAUGUUUAAGCGAUAACAUAUGUGAUAAAUAACCUAUUUGCGGUUUUUUUUGUUGUCAUAACCAAUUUGAGUAAUGAUUUAUCUUUUUUUUUCAUGAUUUGAUCUUCAGAUAUUAAAUAGAAACUAAAACUUGCAACCAUUCGGGUCGGACUAGCCAGCUAACCCUACCUAAAAGUAAAUACAUCAUAUAAGAACCAGCUUGGUUCAGUAAGAGAAACUUCAAGAAAAUCCCGGGACAUAGAAAUCAAACCAAAGUUACAGUAAAGAAAAAGCAGUGUCAUUGGCUAAAGAUUUCUUUUAUUUGCUGGACAAGAAGACACACAAAAAAAGAAAUGCAAGUACGGAGAGCGUCUCUCUCUCUUAUCAGUGGAAGAAGUAUACUAACUUCAAAUAUGAUCAUAGAUGGGUGAGAAGAGAGGGGCUUGUUGAGACGGUUGAGAAGAGCUGGACAUCACAUGGAUCAGGACAGGCGAGUCUUAUGGGGAGAAUAUCAGUAUGCAGGAAGGCUAUAUCCAUGUGGAAGAGACAAGCGAAGCCAAAUUCUGCCCUAAGGAUCCAAGAGCUGAGCUAUCGGAUAGAUGAAGCAUCAAGGCAGGAGAGCUUUGUGAAGGAGGAGCUGGAAAAUCUUAGAAGAGAACUUACGGAAGAGUACUACAAUGAAAAGAUUUUCUGGAUGCAAAAUAGCAGGCUCAACUGGCUGAGAUCAGGGGACAGGAACACUAAGUUCUUUCAUGCAGUCACCAAGAACAGAAGAGCACAAAACCGUAUCAAGAGCCUGGUUGAUGAUGAAGGCAAGGAAUGGUUUGCAGAUGGAGACUUAGGAAGAGUAGCAGAGAAAUACUUCAAGUCUCUGUUCUCAUUGGAAGACGUAGGACUAGACUCAGUGGAGUGGAAUGAGAUGCCUGGGAUAAUCACACCUGAGCAGAACAACAAUCUGAUGAGGCCAGUCUCUCUGGAGACUGGAGGAGGUGAAAAAAGAGGUAUUCGACAUUAAUCCAAGCAAAUGUCCAGGACCCGAUGGGCUAAAUGGCUACUUCUUCCAACAGUUUUAGGAAACUAGUGGCACGGAGGUGACGGCUAUGGUACAGAAGUUCUUUCAAACUGGAGAGCUUGAAGCAGAGAUCAACAACACCAACAUAUGCCUGAUCCCCAAAAUGCUCAAUGCUAAGAGAAUGUGUGAAUACCAGCCCAUCAGCUUAUGUAAUGUGGCUUACAAAGUCAUAUCCAAGCUGAUGGCAAGAAGAAUGAAGAGUGUACUACCUCACAUUAUCUCUGAAACACAAGCAGCGUUUGUAGAAGGACGUCUCAUCUCAGACAACAUUCUUGUCGCGCAUGAACUCCUUCAUGCCCUAAGCUCAGAUAACAAAUGCUCUUCAGAAUACAUUGCCAUAAAGACGGAUAUAUCUAAAGCAUAUGACCGAGUCGAAUGGGCAUUUCUGGACAAAGCAAUGAAAGCAAUGGGCUUUUCAGAGGCGUGGAGGGGCCUUAUCAUGAGCUGCGUGAGGUCAGUACGGUAUCAGGUUCUGAUAAACGGGUCACCCUUUGGAAGAAUAAUUCCAACAAGAGGUCUGCGACAGGGCGACCCCCUCUCCCCAUACCUGUUCGUGAUGUGCACGGAAGUUCUAGUACAAAUGCUGAAGCGUGCAGGGGAAACGAAGAAGAUAUCAGGCCUGAGAGUGGCAAGACGAGCUCCGCCGGUUACACACUUGUUGUUUGCUAAUGAUAGUAUGAUGUACUGUAAGGGAACAGAAGAGGAGCUUGAGCAUAUCACAUAUUCUUCAAAUCUACAGCUUGGCAUCGGGGCAGAGGAUCAAUUAUCAGAAAUCCAGUGUGUAUUUUGGGAAAAACAUUCCAAGGGGCAGAAGAGAGGAAAUUCUACAGAAGUUGGGUAUAGAAACAGUAGGAGGAGAUGGUCUAUAUUUGGGUCUCCCAGAAACUUUCAGUGGAUCAAAAGUAUCUAUACUCAGCUAUCUUAAGGAGAACUUGAGUCAGCGUGUUCAUGGUUGGCAAACAAAAUUUUUAUCUCCGGGAGGCAAGGAAGUUUUCCUCAAAGCAGUGGUAAUGGCCCUACCUACCUACACAAUGGCAUGCUUUCUCUUACCAAAAACCACAAUCAAGCAGAUCAUGGCCCUAAUGUCGGAGUUUUGGUGGAGAAACAGACAAGAUUCGAGAGGGAUGCACUGGAAGAGUUGGGAAAGCUUAUGUAAACCAAAAACAUGCGGAGGACUUGGCUUCAAGGACCUGGAGGCUUACAACCUUGCUCUGCUAGGAAAACAGUUAUGGAGAAUGAUCAAGAAUCCCACCUCACUAAUGGCCAGAAUCUUCAAAAGUAGGUACUUCAAGAACUCGGACACUCUUAAUGCCACACUAGGAUCCAGACCAUCAUACGCUUGGAGGAGUAUUCAUGCAGCACAGAAACUGAUUCAACAAGGAGCUCGGGUGGUGAUUGGAAAUGGAAAAGAUACGAAGUUAUGGCAGGAGAGAUGGCUCGGAGCAACACUAGCUACAAUGAUCCAGUCGAUGAAGUGGGUCGAAAACCAAAGUCAUGAAAGACUGUCGGAAGAAAUGAGAGUUAGUGAACUACUGAGCAGUAAUGGAAGGGAGUGGAACUACGAGAAGCUCGAAGGUAUGUUCACAGAGGAGACAAAAGACAAGAUCAUGGAGAUUCGGCCAGCAGGGAGGAACAACAAAGAUACUUAUGUCUGGGAGUAUACUAAAACAGGCCAUUAUACUGUUAAAUCAGGGUAUUGGGUCCAAACUAGUGUAGUCUCAGUGGACAAGGAACAGAGUGAAGUGCUGCAACCGAGCCUCGAUAGCUUCUAUCAGCAGGUGUGGAAGUUACAGUCCAGUCCAAAGAUAAAACAUUUCCUGUGGAGAUGCCUCAAUAACGCUCUACCGGUGGCCGCAAAUAUGGUGCAUAGGCACAUUGGUAAAGAUAUAAGAUGCAGUAGAUGUGAUGGUGAAGCGGAGAGCGUUAAUCAUUUGCUCUUUCAAUGUCCCUAUGCUCGGUUAGUUUGGGCAGUAGCGAAUGUUCACAUUCCCCCAGCAGGCAGGUGGUCGGAGUCUUUAUUUGCUAAUUUGCAUUGGGUCUUGAAUCAGAAAAUGAAGUACCCAACCGAAGAAGUAGAUGAAGAAUUUGUUCCAUGGCUGUUAUGGAGAUUAUGGAAGAAUAGGAAUGAAUUUGUAUUCAGAGGGAGAGACUUUCCUGCUCACAUAACAGUGAGGAAAGCAUGGGAGGAGUGUGGUGGACUGGAAAAGCAGAAUAGAGGUACAAGAAGAGGUGGCUAAGGAACCUGCAGCAGUGAUUCCCGAGAUGAGAUGGAUCCCACCGGCUCCUACGACCUUGAAGUGCAAUACUGAUGGAUCGUGGUCAAAGGAGACGGGAGUAGGAGGAGUAGGAUGGCUGUUACGUGAUCAUCAAGGAACACUACUGUGGGCAGGGGCAAAGAAGAUGGCAGUGAUGAGAUCGGCGCUAGAGACUGAAGCAGAAGCUAUUAGAUGGGCUGUUCAAACACUGGUGGGUUUUGGGUAUAGCAAAGUUUCUAUAGAGACCGAUUCAUUACUGUUGGCAAACAUGCUGAACGGUGAAGAAGAAAUCUGGCCAGUGAUUGCACCCAUAAUACAAGAUAUAUCAACAUCACUGUCAUCAAAUGGAGGAUUUGAAAUGGUGUAUUAUCCUCGAAGUGGUAAUAAGUCAGCAAAUAGAAUAGCAAAGGAAAUUACUACGUUUACGUCCUUUGUCCCUAAGUAAUAUUCUAUGGUGCCUUUGUGGUUGAAUUUUUGUUUAGAGGCUGAUAAGCCAGUUGUAAGACAAUGAUUUUGGAUAAUAUAAAGUUGUUGUUGAGCCAAAAAAAAAAAAGAGCAAUUGUCAAUAAUAACACAUUUUGAGUUUUUGUCUAAAAAAUAGUACUAGAAGUAGAAAGUCACAAAAAUGACAUUCAUUAAAGAGUAAAAUAUCUCUAAUACUCUUGAUUUAAAAUUAAAUAAACAAACAAAAAUAAA